AUGUGUACGGAGGUACUAUCGGGACUGUGCCACAAAGCUCUCGAGAAUGGAUCACUACCAGGGGUAAAGGUAGCCCGCAACUGCCCGCCUAUAAACCAUCUACUCUUCGCAGAUGAUACCAUGUUCUUUGGUAAAUCAAACACGGCAAGCUGCGCCACACUGCUCUCUAUCCUAGACAGAUACGAGAAGGCAUCGGGACAGUGCAUCAACCGAGCAAAGUCUGCUAUAACCUUUUCCUCAAAGACCAACCAGGAGUGUAGAACCCGUGUGAAACGGGAACUGAACAUCAACAACGAAGGAGGAAUAGGGAAGUAUUUGGGGCUCCCGGAACACUUUGGUAGAAGGAAAAGAGACAUAUUUGCUUCGAUUGUAGACCGAAUAAGGCAAAGAGCUCAGAGCUGGACCAGCAGGUUUCUUUCGGGAGCUGGUAAAAUGGUGCUACUGAAAUCAGUCCUGGCCGCUAUGCCUACAUAUGCUGUGUUGUGCUUCAAACUACCGGUCUCUUUGUGUAAGCAGAUACAAUCGGUUCUCACCCGUUUCUGGUGGGACGUCAAACCAGAGCUCAGAAAGAUGAGCUGGAUAUCUUGGGAUAGAUUAACCUUCCCGAAAAGUGCAGGGGGCCUGGGUUUCAGAGAAAUCGAAGUCUUUAACGAUGCUCUCCUAGCAAAGCAUACAUGGCAAUUACUGAAAAACCCCACCUCCCUGCUAGGACAAACCCUGCUCAAUAAGUACUGUAAGGAUACAGACUUACUCACCUGCUCAGCGCCAAAUUCAUCAUCCCAUGGGUGGAGAGGGAUUUUGGCGGGACGAGAUGUUAUCAGGAAGGGUAUGGGCUGGAGCGUGGCCCCCAUAGGUCCUCCUACUGCUCAGAACCAAGACCUUAAAGUCAAGGACCUGUUGUUACCAGCCGCAGCAGGAUGGAAUGUUGAUGAGAUCAGACGACACUUACCUCAUCACGAGGAGCAGAUCAGGAAACUUAUCCCGUGUACUGAUCAAGAAGAUGAGCUCGUUUGGUUACUGGAAAAGUCAGGCUCUUACUCAACGAAAUCAGGGUACGCAUUGACUAAACUCCACAAGGGAAACCUAAAUGAUGUGUUCAAUUGGAAACGGUUUGUAUGGAACGUUGAGUGUUCUCCAAAGAUAAAACACUUCCUAUGGAAGCUGAAAAAUGAGGCGCUGGCUGUGGGAGACACAUUGAUCAGGAGAGGAAUGCAAGUUGAUGGCAGGAAAGUUUGGGACCUUGUCCCUGCUUUGGCGGUCCCUUCUCUUCAGAGCUGUAACUCAAUGGAGGACCUUUUAACAGCGUGUGCUCGACUGACUAACCUCCCUCCGACAGGGCUUGCAAAACCCUUGUAUCCUUGGAUUUUCUGGGUGUUGUGGACAAGCAGAAAUCAGCUGAGAUUCGAGGAUAAGUCUUUCUCAGAAACAGAGAUGUUGAACAAAGCCUUAAAAGCGGCAAAAGAGUGGCAGGCGUCCCUGCCGCAAAGAAAACAAUGCUCUGUUUCAUCUAAAGACUGUCAUGUCUCGAAAAAACUCCCGCUGGUUCCAGAUAAUGUGUCCAUGUUAUUCUCGGAUGCUGCUUGGAAUGCUUCUUCUCUUGCAGGUGGGCUUGGAUGUGUCUAUACAGACUCAAAAGGCAUAUGCUGCUUCGAAGGAAAUGACAACAGACGCUAUAUUGCCUCGGCUCUUGCAGCAGAAGCCUUGGCUUUGCGUGCAGGCCUCUUGCAGGCUGUCUCUACUGGCAUCAAGGAAGUGGUCUGUUUCUCAGACUCAAAAUGCCUUAUCGAUUUGAUCACAGGCCACAAAUCUGUGGUAGCUCUUAGAGGGAUACUCCAUGACAUCGGCGUGUUGAGUGCAUCCUUCACCUCUAUCUCUUUUGUGUUUAUUUCUAGAGUCUGUAAUGAGUCGGCCGAUAGGCUGGCAAAAAAUGCUCUGUUUCUUUUCACUAACACUCUCUUUGAGAGUGAGAACUCUAUUGUACGUUAA